AAAUCUCUCCUCUCCGUUACCCAUUUCAAAACCCUCUCUCUCACUCUCUCUCUCUCUCUCUCUCUAGUAUCUCCACCCAUUUUCUCCGGCUAGCUCAAGUUUGCCGGAAUCUGACCCACCUGAUUGGCUAUCGUAUUUUCCGGCGAGAUCAGAUAAGGAUGGCGUACAUGUGUGCAGACAGCGGAAAUCUGAUGGCCAUAGCACAGCAAGUGAUCCAACAACAGCAGCAGCAACAGCAACAACAACAACAGCAGCAACAACAGCAACAACAACAGCUAGGCGGCGUCAACACCUUCUCCUUAAACCCAUGGGUCCCACACCCACACCCCAACAUUUCCAUCUUCAACGAUCGCUUUGGCUUUGGCGUCACCACCGCUCCCGGCUUCCCAGACUCCUUCCCAGUCACGGCGUCGUCAGAUCCCGGCGGGCCGUUGUUCCCUCCACUCGAGCACGCGCCUGCGUUCCGCCUUUCUGAUUUAAGCUCGGCCGGAGCUGGGUUCGACUCGGACGAGUGGAUGGAUAGCCUCAUGGGCGAGUCGACCGAGAGCUCCGAGUUGCCGAGCGCCUGCGAUUCGUGGGCGAACAAUGACUUCUCAUCGAUGCUAGCCGAUCCGUUCGUAACCGGCACGAGUCGACUCAGCCUCUCAUCUGCUUCCACUGAUAUAGUCUCCGCCAGCUCCUCCGAUCUCAACCGAGUUGUCUUCGUCGAGUCGCAGAAAAACCCGAACCCGAUCCCCAAACCUCCGAUUCAAAUUCAAUCGUGGCCAUCUCCCGCUCUGUCUCCGCCGCCGCCGCCGCCUCUCCCGGCAGAGAAUUCUCCGCCGUCUCUCCGACAGGAUGAUGCCGCCGGCGCCUCAACAGAUGCUCUGCCGUUGUCCGACUCGCUCGCCUCGCCGCUUCUGCAAUCCCUUCUCGACUGCGCCCAGAUUGCUGAUUCCGACCCGGACCGCGCUGCGAAAGCCCUCGUCCGUCUCCGCGAAUCGGUGUCGGACCAUGGUGAUCCGACGGAGCGGGUGGCCUUCUAUUUCGCCGAGGCACUGUAUGGGCGGCUCUCACCGAAGAUCACCACAGCUAAAUCGACGCUGCCCUUUCAUUCCUCGCCGGAAGAUUUUACCCUUUCAUACAAAGCUCUCAACGAUGCCUGCCCUUACUCCAAAUUCGCCCACCUGACCGCGAAUCAGGCGAUUCUGGAAGUGAUGGAGUCAGCAGAUCGGAUACAUAUAGUUGAUUUUGGGAUCGUUCAGGGCGUUCAGUGGGCGGCUCUUCUUCAAGCUCUCGCCACCCGAUCGGCCGGAAAGCCUACAAAAAUCCGAAUUUCCGGCAUUCCUGCACCUGCCCUCGGCACUUCUCCUUCAGCUUCUCUCCUCGCUACUGGAAAUCGACUAAGAGACUUCGCGAAGCUUCUUGAUCUGGAUUUCGAAUUUGAACCGGUACUGACCCCGAUCCACGAACUCAAUGAGUCGAGCUUCCGAGUUAACUCCGAUGAGGUGCUGGCUGUGAAUUUCAUGCUCCAGCUUUACAAUAUAUUGGGAGAGACGCCGGCUGCAGUCGAUCGGAUGCUCCGGCUUGCAAAAUCGCUGAACCCAAAGGUCGUGACGCUGGGUGAGUAUGAGGCUAGUUUGAAUCGAGUUGGGUUUUUCGAUCGGUUUCAGAACGCGUUGAAAUACUACACCGCUGUUUUCGAGUCUCUGGAGCCGAACAUGGUGAGAGAUUCAAGUGAGCGGUUGCGGGUGGAGAGGUUGCUGCUUGGGCGGCGGAUCGCUGGCAUUGUGGAGCCUGAAGGGGCAGAGAGGAGGGAGCGAACAGAGGAAAAAGAGCAGUGGAAGGUUUUGAUGGAAGGUUGUGGAUUCGAGUCGAUUCCUCUAAGCAAUUAUGCAGUUAGCCAGGCAGGGAUUCUUCUCUGGAACUACGACUACAGUCCCAAUUAUUCUCUGAUUCCAUCCCAACCUGGGUUUCUCUCGCUGGCUUGGAAUUGUCAUCCCCUUCUCACCGUUUCUUCGUGGCGGUAAUGGGAUUCUGCCAUUAAGGGACUCUUUUGGGAGCUCAAAUGUCAAUCCCAAUCUGGGUUUCUUCAUGGAAUUAAGGAAAUCCUGCCCAUUAAUGUGUUAGUUUGGAGCUUUUUUGGGGGGCAGACGGAUUGCUUGUUAUGGGAACGCUCCAGUUACAACUCGUCCAGUCCAAUCUCCAUCUCGGUUUCUUUCUCUGGCCUAGAUCAAUGACCCCCUUCAUCAUGGAAUAAGGAAUUUCAGCCAUUAAUGCGUUUGUUUGCAGCUACACCAAUGGCUUUAUAUUUUUACAGAUCUUUCUUCUUUUUUGUUUAAUUGCAGGUUUGAAUUAGACUAACUGUAAAAAAGAAAAGGUUUCUUCUUC